GAGGAAAUUCGGAGCCCCGCCCCCCACUCGUUAACCUGCGCUUUAUUGUGAAGUUGCUGCAGCUGUGUGUAACAGUGUCGCUAACUCAGAGUUGUGUGUAAUAAUGGAGAAAGAUGUGAAGAGUGUGAGCCGUGAGCGUUUCUGUUACAUCACGCGAGUGCAGAGUUUCAGCGCGAGCCAUCGACUGCACAGCAAAUCACUGAGUGAUGAAGAGAACAAGAGAAUAUUUGGAAAAUGCAACAAUCCCAAUGGCCAUGGGCACAACUACAAAGUUGAAGUUACAGUACAAGGAAAGAUUGACCAAAACACAGGAAUGGUGAUGAACCUCACUGAUCUUAAACAGUAUAUAGAGGAGGGAAUCAUGAAACCACUUGACCACAAAAACCUGGAUCUGGAUGUGCCAUACUUUGCUAAUACCAUCAGCACAACUGAAAACCUGGCAGUGUAUAUCUGGGACAACAUGAUCAAGCUUCUUCCACCUAACAUGCUCUAUGAGAUCAAAGUGCACGAGACGGACAAUAACAUUUUUGUGUAUCGUGGGGAGUAAAGCAGUUCAUUUGCUGAUGCCUGUUCAUUUCAGGCUGCAAACUGCAGGUCAGUAGGGGGAGGUUGUAAAUCUUAGCACUUUAGAUUUUAUUAGAUUAGAGCAAGAGGAGCACCUGCUGUGGCCUACACAGUAUUGUAUGCUUUAGGAUUAGCGUAAGGCACAGAGAAUUUGGCUCAGCCCUCGACCAUGUGAGACUGAUCCUAUUAAACAUGGAGAUUAUGGCAGGUGUAAAUCUUUUUUUAUUUUCCCCAAAUUAAUUAACAGUCUUAACUUUGUUACCCUUUUGUCCCUUUUUCUCAUCUUGGCCAAAUGUCCGAUUUUGUUGUCUGAGUUGGAACUAGUGUAUAGUGCAAUGUUCAACUUUUAUUUAUAUUAUUAGCUUCAAGUAAUUCAUAUUUGUGUUAAUAAAUUGUUUACAGAUUUACAGAA